AUGUUCAGCUCGUCAUCUUCCACUCGUGGGCUGGUGGACAAGGCCACGGCUGACGACGAUGCUCCCACCCCCGGGUACUUGUACAACGACCUCGCCAAGGCCACGUUCAAGUCGCUCAAGGACUGCCAGGUGGUGGAGGACCAACUCCUCACGCGGCUCACCAAGAGCGUGCCGCCCGCCGUCAAGCUCAAAUGCCUGCGCGUGGCCAAGCACUGCGUCCUCAAGGGCGAGAUCUCCUUCAAGCGCGACCUCCAGCGCCGCCUCGGACCCAUCCGCGCCUGCCUCGAGUGCCGGGGGCCGCCGGACCCCAUCCACGGCGACGCGCUCUACCGACAGAUCAGGGACGAGGCCCAGGAGCUGAUGAAUGCCAUAUUCGACACGGAGGACAAGGCGAGGCCGCGCAUGGAGGGGACCGAAGGUGCGGGCGCCCCUGCUCUCGCCUCGCCCGGCGCCCCUCGCACCAUGGGCGGCUUCGGCGGCCACCACCCCGAAUCCGACAGCAGCAGCAGCAGCAGCAGCACGUCGUCGGCCUCUGCGCGCAUCUCCGAACUCUUCAGCUCCUUCAAGGGCUCCUCCUCCUCCCCCUCCAGCGGCGGCGGCGGUACUGCUUCUCUCUCCCACCGCCACGUGGCGGGGCUGGGGCAGGGCGGCGAUGCCUCGUUUUCGCGGCAGCCGGGUGCCUUCCCCUCGGCGGAGGCCAUCGAGGGCGGCGGUGACGGUCGCAAGUACAUGGCGGGCAUGGGCAACACGGACUACGACCCGCACCGCCACGCGCCCACCAAGCGCGAGGAGGGCCUCGUGGCCAAGCUGAUGCGGGCCGGCGAUGCGAUGGUGGGCGGCGGGCCUGCCGCCCCCACCUCCAACCUCUCCCGGGGCGCCUUCCAGGGCUCCUACCACUCCCCAGCCCUUCCCCGACCCGCCUCUUCCUCAUCGGGUGGCAGUCCUGGCGGCUAUGUGCCGGGGGUAUCUCCCACCGUCGCCGCCAGCGGCAGCAGCAGCGAGGGCCACGCAGCAGAUGGGGAGGGUCUCGCCGGAGUGGUGAGUGAGAACAUCUGGGAGCGGAGCGAUCGCGAGUGGCGCGCCACCGAAGCUUCGUCCCCCGAGAGAGCCGGGUCCCAUGCCGACCGGCCACGGGACGCCAUCGGUACCCGAAGCGGCGGCGACGGCGAUGACGGCGAGGAGGAGAAGGGCGGAGAUGAGUACGUGCAGCAGCUCGUCAACGAGAUCGCUCUCCCCGGGGGCGUGCGGGUGGCGCCGCCCGCAUCGGUGCUGGCCCAGUUUUGCCUCCGGUGCGAGUCCCUCUCGGACCAGCAGCGCGUGGCGGCCUACCGCCUGCUGCACGCCAAGCUCCUCGACCACCAAUCGCCCCCCGUACAGCAGCGGGCGUUGCACGUGGUGGCAGGCCUCGUCAAGAGGCGCGUGGCAGGCGCAAAUGCCUUCUUUGCCUCCCACGACCAGCCCCUCCGUGCCCUCGCCGCCAGCCCCGUCCCGGCCGCCCGGACCAAGGCCGCCGAGAUUGUGGAGGUCCUCCGCGUGCCAACGGCGGCCGGAGGGAGAGCUCCUUCCGCCGAUCACUGGAUCCACGAUGAAGACGAUGCCGGCGGCGACAGCGGCGGUGGAGGAGGAUGGGGCUGGCUUCAGGAGGAGGGCGCACGCGACGAGCCCCUCGUCCGACCGCCGGCCGCCACCUCGUCACCGACAUCGUCUCUCUUCGUUGGCCUGAGCGUGAACGAUGAUGACAGCACGGGCCACGACCACCACCGCCACCACCAUUACCACCACCACCACGAGCAGCAGCAGCAGCAGGCAGCAGCAGGGGGUCGGGCGUCUCUCCUGGGCGACGACCCGUUCGACGCCUUCCUGGCCCCGUUGGCCGCCACGCACGCCGAAGUCGCCCCGCCCCACUCUCCACUGGGCGGCGGCGGUGGUGGAGGCGGCAGUGGCCAGGCGUCCCUGGUCGAGCACCAGCUCCACGGCCUUUCCCUGGGGGGCUACCCACUGCUCCCCUCCACGUCCUCUCCGUCGGCGGGCACCUCCUUCGCCUCGCCGCCAGCACUAUCGCCAGCGCCAGCAUCGUCAGGUGCGGGGCGAACGCCCUCUUCGGCCGCACACCCGCUCUCCCUCCUUUCCUACCCGACGCCUUCCACCACCACCACCACCGCCGCCGCCGCCACCGUCGGCCUCUUCCUCGCUUGA